UCCACUCCACUCCACUGCACUGAUUCACUACAGCAGCAGCAGCGGCAGCCAUGGUGGCAAGGAUGAAGCGCGCGAGGGGUGUCUUCGUGCUCGCUGCGGCGUUUGCCAUGGCGGCCUUCGUCUCCGUCGUCGAGUCGAGGACCGGCCCCGUGGAGAAGACGAGCCAAGAGGAUGGGGUGAAGAAGCCGGACUGCGUGCCGGCGUUCGACCCGCGCUCGUUCCCCGGCCACGGCGGCACGACGACGCCCCUCCCCGGGCACGGGGGCUCCGGCGGGAGCACGUCGCCGCCGUCUCACGGCGGUACCGGCGGCGGGUACGGCUCUACCCCGGCUGCGCCGUCGCAUGGGGGCUCCGGGGCGUUGCCUGCCCCGUCCCACGGCGGCGGGUAUGGGUCUUCCCCGGUGACCCCGUCCCCUGGCGGUGGCUACGGCGGCGGCUCUCCGGCGACCCCGUCGCACGGUGGUGGUGGAUACGGGAGCUCCCCUUCCACGCCGUCCCCGUCCCACGGAGGCGGCGCCUACGGCGGCAGCUCCCCGACGCCGUCCCAUGGUGGCGGCGGCGCCUACGGCGGCGGCGCCUACGGCGGCGGAGCUCCGACGACGCCGUCGUCGCACGACAGCCACGGCCUCGUCCCCGUCGUCCCCACCAGCCCCGGGACCUGCGACUACUGGAGGUCGCACCCGAUGGAGAUAUGGUCGGCGCUGGGCCGGCUGCCGAGCUCGGUGGGCCACUUCUUCGGCGCGGCGGGCGGCGCGGCCGCCGGCGGCACGGGCGCGACCAUCCAGGACGCGCUCUCCAGCACCCGCGGCGACGGCGCCGGCGCGCUGCUCCGCGAGGGCGCCGCCGCGCUGCUCAACUCGAUGGCCCGCUCCGGCUUCCCCUACACGACCGAGCAGGUGAGGGACGCCUUCGCGGCCGCGGCCGCCGCUGGCUCCGACAGCGCCGCCUCGUUGCAGGCGGCGGCGUUCAAGAAGGCCAACGAGGGCCGCGCGUAGACGACGACGGCGACCGACGUACGUACCUGCACGCGCAUGCAUGCAUGCAUGCAUGUACGUCUAUUUAGGCGGGAAGGAAGGAAAGGGGAGCCCAGCCCGUGUGUUUGUUGCUAGUAGCUUGCUUAUGUUUUGUUCGAUUUGAUCAUGUGUGAGUACGUGUUUAGCUGGUUGAUCUAUGGUGUAAUGAUGUGAUCACUUGGCUGGUUGAUCUAUGGUGUAAUGAUGUGAUCACUUGGGUCAUGUUGUGUUCAAGUUUUGUUGUUUCCUGUCGAUCGAGCAAUGAAGUGAAGUGAGAAGCUUAAUUAUCCUAGAUGAUCACUGUC